GAAAAGAAAUACAAGUCAUGUAAAAGGGGACUGUACUCUGUUAAAACUAAACGAAGAUGGAGGAAAAUCAAGUUUGCAAGCUGGCCUACGAAGGCAAUUUUCCACAACUCAGAGUAAAAUUAGAAGAAAACAGAGAUCUUUUAACAAAAUAUGACAAUAGUCAACGGAUGCCACUGCAUUGGGCUGUGUCUGCAGGUCAUACAGAAAUAGCCGAGUACCUUUUGAAGUUGGGCACACCUGUUGAUGUCAGGGAUGAGUCGAACUGGACUCCUCUAAUGAUUGCUGUGUCAGCUGGUCGGACUGAUAUUGUGACACUGCUGUUGGGCCAUGGAGCGCAGGUGAAUGCUGUGAACAGGACGGGACAGUGCUGUUUACACUAUGCAGCUUCUAAAGACAGAUUCCAGAUAGCGGAGAUGCUUGUUGAUGCGGGAGCUGACUGUACAGUGGCUGAUUCAAUGGGCAGUACACCCAGUCACCGAGCCAGCUCUAAAGGUCACAUUCAGAUCCUCAAACUGCUCAUCAACCAGCAGAUCAACGUGAACUCGCAGGACUCGGAAGGCAGCACACCACUACACUUGGCAUGUGAAGAAGACCGUGUGGCAACCGGCAAGUUGUUGGUAGAACAUGGAGCUAGAUUAGACAUCCAAAACAAGGAAGAAAAAUCACCAUUAGACCUUGCAUGCCGUGGAAUGCAACGUUCAUUAAAACAUGCAGCUUCAUUGGACAGAUGAUUCCAGCUCAACAGUACAGGUUCAGAUAACAUUUUGCACACUCGACUGGCUUAAACCACCAGUUUAAUAAGGAUGACCAUAAAAUGUCAUGUAAAUAUUUUAAUACAUACAUAAACAGUAUGUUGAUCAUACGUUGGUAUCCAGCAACUGAUGCAUGUUAGUAAUGGGUUAUUGUUAAACAACCAUUCAUCCAGUCAUUCAUGCAUUCAUUCAUCCAUCUGUUUUGUUAUGCCUUCACAAAUGUGGUUGAAUAAACUAUGUUAACAUGA